AUGGGUUCUCCCAAUGAGUACGAUUACGACAGCGACGAGUGGUCUUACAAGAGCAAGUACACUUCUGGUGCCCGUCAUGUGCACCGCAAUGAGGUCCCGAAAGCACCAGUUCGUCCAAAGAUCAGAUACGGCGAUGACUUCCACACGAACUAUGAACGCCGAACGCAAGAGUUCUUGGUUCCAGAAGCCCAUUUUACUACCCUCCACCGCACCCGCUCGCAAGGUCAUGCGCCAGCUCCCAACGUGACCAUCUACAACACCACGAGCAUGGACAAUGAAAGCAGUCCAAAUGUACGGACCGAGCAUAGAGACUCCAAUGCACGGACCGAGAACAGGGACAUCAGCGCAGAUCGUGGUCGUCAAGCUCGCAGAAUCCCUGGUGAAUGGGCCCUCGAAGAUCAGAUUGCUGAAUUACAGUUGGAACUCAAAAGAGAUGCCCGCUCUCGUUCGAGACACGAUCACCACCACCAUGAUCACUCGCCACACCGUGCUGACCCACGCGACUACGAAGAUAAGAUUCAGCUGUCACUUGCGCAACAGCGGAUAAAGGAAGCCGAAGACGCUCUCGAGAGGAAACGCCGCGAAGAGGAGAUCGAGAGGCGAGAGGACCUUGUUCGACGAAAGCUUGAGAUGAAGUAUAUCCUAGAUAGAACGGAGCGCGAGGCCGAGGAAGAUCGCAUCAAGCUCCAAGAGGAGCACCUCAAGCGGGAAUGGGAGUACAAACGAGAGAGGGAGGAGCGCGACCGUGACCGCCGUGCUCAGGAUGAGAAGGAGAGGGAGAAGCGCAUCAUCGCCGAGAACCGUGCGAAUAUGUCCAGGGAGAAGAGGGAAAGAGAGGAAGAGCGCGACCGACUCGUCGCAGAGAUGGAGAAGGAGAAACGCGAGCAAGAAGAAGAGCGCCGGCGGAUAAUCGCUGAGCAGAGAGCGAAGAUGACAAAGGAGAAGAGAGAGAAGGAGGAAGAACGUGACAGGGUUAUCGCUGAGAUGGAGAAGGAGAAGGCACAACAAGAUUAUGAAAGGAAGCGUAUCAUUGACGAGAACACCGCCAGGCUCGAAAAGGAAGCACGAGAGAAGGAGCUCAAGGCAAUUGCCAUGGAAGAAGAGCGUAAGAGGAUCAUCAUCGAGAAUGAAGCAAAGGUGCGGAAGCAGGCAGAGCAAGCAAAGGCCGAACAAGAGCGCGCUGUCGAUGAUUACAACAAGAAGAAGGCGCAGGAGAUGAAGGAAGCUCAAGAAGAGCGCGACCGUAUCAUCUACGAAUACGAGCGCAAGAAAGUCAUGGACGCCGAAAAGGCCAAGAAGCAGCGCGAGGAGCUCAUCAUGCAGCUCAAAAUCGAAGAGGAGAAGAAGAGAGAGGCCGACCGACUCGAAUACGAAGCCUUCCUCCAGAAGCAAAAGGCAAUAGAGGAACACGAAAAGGCCAUGAAGAAGGCCCAAGAGGAAGAGCUCGAGCGCGCCAUGCGCGACCGCCUCUCCCAAUUCGGCUUCCAAGAUAACCAGAUCCAAGCCCUCGUGCACCCCGAGAAGCAGAAGGAAUUGCAGCAGGGCCUGUCGCCGCACAAUCCUCUGCGCAUCGCACCUCAACCCACAUACGCCAAGAUCUCGCGCACGCAUCUGGACAUCGAAACGUUGCAUUACUACGACAUUCCCUACGAAUACGACGUUGACCCGAACUACAUCAUCGUCCUCCGCGAAAUGAGCCAGCGCGAAACCGAUGUGCUCUUCGAACACACGCGCCGUCUGCGCUCGCACCACAGCGACCGCUUGUUCAUCGAGGCCGAGGGCCGCGAUCGCCGCGGGAAGAAGGAAUAUGCGUUUGUGCGCAAGGCGUCGCGGUCGAGGAGCAGGAGCGAUGUGGUGAGGUCUGGCGGCAAGAAGAAUGUCACGUUGGGAGAUAUGUUUUUCAAGGGCUAGGGUGGGAUAUGUCAUGACUUGAUUUCGUUUUACGAUUGGUGGUUCUGAGUUUGGCUUAGCAGUGCAUAUCAUAUACCAUAGCAUCUCGACUCUAGUAGAAUUAUAUUCGGUAACGUUUGUUC